CCUAACAGAAGAAAUAGUCACGUGUCGUGAAGAGUCAACAUCACCAUGGCGUAGAAGAUAAUGAUUUUUUUCUUCUUCUUUUUAUCAUUUUUUUUAUCAGUACAGCUACCGACGUUGACUCAAUUUAAUUUUUUUAUCAGUGCAGCAUUACGACAUUCCUUUUAAGAACGCUUCUUCUUCGGUUCCGUCGGCGCCGUUACUACUUAAAACCGCGUAAAACCUUCAACCACCACCGUUCUCUUUUCUCUUCUCACUGAAUUUUCAGAUCUACUUUUUCUCCUCAGUGGAGUAAUAAUAUUGAUUGAUUCACGCAGCUAUAGCCAUUUCAGAUCUAAUAUUCUAUAUAUCUUUCUCUCUCUCUCUAUUCUCUCUCUUCGAUGGCUUCCACGGUUGUUGCCGCCGCUGCCAGGAGUGACGUGCCGCCGCGGCAGCCGGUGGUGGAUCCUUCGCCGUCGUCGUCCCCCGACAACGCCGCUAAUCGGAGCGAUUCCUUCAGUUCCUCGCCCAACCACUUCUCCGAUGCUGAAAUUCAGUUACAAACUCCAGACGUAUUGAAGAGUGAAGAGUAUCGACAAUUGUUCCGUCUUCCACAGGAGGAAGUCCUUAUUGAAGAUUUUAAUUGUGCCCUCCAGGAAAACCUACUUAUUCAGGGUCAUAUGUACCUCUUUGUCAACUUCAUUUGUUUCUACUCAAACAUAUUUGGAUAUGAGACAAAGAAAAUAAUCCCAUUCCCUGAAGUCACGAGUGUAAGGAGGGCAAAGACGGCUGGGCUCUUUCCCAAUGCCAUUGAGAUUCUUGCUGGAAACAAGAAGUACUUCUUUGCAUCCUUCCUAUCCCGUGAUGAAGCUUUCAGGAUUAUUAAUGAGGGAUGGUCGCGACAGGGCAAUGGAGCCAUAGCAAUUAUGGAACAGAAGGAAUCAAUGUCUGAGUCCAGCAGCCAAGAGAAUGGAUUUGUAGCUGUUGAAAAUGUCAAAAGUUCUGAUAUAACUGACAACGGAUCACUUUCUACUGAUCUGAGCAAAGAUACGACGCUUACAUCCAUUGUUGGGGAUGAUCCUGUAUCGACGGCAGAUUCAGAGAAGCAAUGCAAUGUAAAACAGGUUGCUGAACCUGAACUGAAUAAUGAUGCCCCAAGUGCUGCAAGUGUGAGUUGGAAGUGGAACGAGGAGGAUAUUGAUGCCCCAUCAAUUCUUGAAGCAUAUACAUGUGUUGCAGAUUCAGUGUUUCCGAUGAAGGUUGAAGACUUCUUUAGGUACUUAUUCUCAGAUGAUGCUCUAAAUUUUCUUGAGUCUUUUCGCCAAAAGUGUGGUGAUAAAGACUUUAGGUGUUCUCCGUGGCAUCCUCAAGAGAAAUUUGGGUAUGCUCGUGAACUGUCAUUUCAACAUCCAAUAAAAAUUUAUCUUGGAGCGAAAUUUGGUGGCUGCCAUGAGGUCCAGAAAUUUCGUGUUUAUAGGAACAGUCAUUUGGUUAUCGAGACGUCGCAAGAAGUCAGUGAUGUACCUUAUGCAGAUUAUUUCCGGGUUGAGGGACUGUGGAGUGUAGAGAGAGACAAGGAUGAAUCAAAAGAAUGCUGCACUUUGCGGGUAUAUGUGAAUGUGGCAUUUUCUAAAAAAACUAUUUGGAAAGGCAAAAUAAUACAAUCAACAAUUGAAGAAUGUCGAGAUGCUUAUGCGACAUGGAUAAACAUGGCACAUGAAAUGUUGAAGCAGAAGAACCUUGAAAAACAAGCUCAAAAUGGUGAAAUCAAUUUAGAUAGAGAAGUGAAGACUAGAGAAUCUUCAGAAGGGUCACCGGAGCAAAGUAACCCUACAAAGAUACUAGCUACAUCCAAUGCCUUUGAUGCUGCUACCCACAAUGUCGGCUCUCACUUGCAGGGAAAUUUCAUCGAACCAUCAUCUGUUUCACUGUUUAAAGAGUUUAUGACGAAGUUCAGAUCAUCUUUGAGAAGUCAUAGCAAUCUUUCUCUGCUCCUUAUUACUAUUGUCGCUCUGAUUUUCUUCAUUCAGCAGUUUAGCAUACUUGUGUUAUUGGCCAGACCUCAACACAUACAUAUGAACACUCCUGUAGACAUCAUGAACAGGAUGAACAAUGAGGUCACUAGAAGUCCUUCAGACAUAGCGUGGCUGGAGAAAAGAAUUCAUCACCUCAAAGAUGAAAUGUACAUGGUUGAGAGUAGGCUUGAAAGGAUGCGGUAUGAACAUUUACUUUUAAAAAAGCAAUUAAAGGACCUAGAACACUAGUUACCAAAUUUCAUUGUCCCCUCUUAUAGCAUCUUUUUUUUUUGUAUAUACAUGUGAUGUGAUAUAUAGAUAUGAUAUUUAAUUUCGUAAAUUCAUUCUUCUCCCUCGUUGUAAAUGAGGACUUUAUUUUAUACCCAAAAUUAAAGAAACGAGGAACUUGUGAUUUAGGGUUUGUUUUCAAGUAUCAAAUAAUAGGAUGAAAUGCAAUGGAUGACUAUUAUAAUUUUAAGGAUUAAUUGAACUU